AUGGCUUCUUCUUCCUGCACGUCUUGGCUCGCUCUCUCAGACAGCGAGCUCACUGUCGACAAUGUUGGUGAACAUCUCCAUUCUGUUCCCGACGACCUCUGGGUCGCUGCUGCUUGCUAUGACAGACUGGUUGACGACGUGUCAGUCCAGCAAGCCUUGCUUGAUGUCGGCCUCGAAAGAACGAAGCAGGCCUUCCAGCGGGGCAAGGAUGCCCUUUCCCACCUUUCCAGUCCCCGGUCAAUCGAAUCACUGGAUAAUGCAGCCGUGUUGUUGGAGAAGAACGACUCUUACCGGCCUGAUCCAGCGGUAGCCUAUUUUCACGACCUUCCCGGUGACGCGCAAUUAUGUCGCCUUCAUGGCCUGCUUCUUCAGCGUUUGGACAGGCUGAAUACUUUCAUUGAAAUGUGUAAGGUGGCUCCAGAAGAAAGUGGCGAUGACGCAGACGACGAGAUAACGGAAUGGGAGGAUGAUCCCUGGGCCGACCAAACGACUGUGAAAGUGUCCCAUGACUCGUCCAAAUCCCCACAGUUCCCUGUUCCGCUUUCCCACUUCAUCACUGAAGAAUUGAUUCAUUCAGCAUGUCAAUUAGCACUCCACCAAUAUUUCCGUUGCUUGCAUAUUCUACUCCAGCGGCAUGGUUCGGUUCUCUGGGUACACCGAUUCGUCAUAUAUGACAGUAUCCCGGGCUUCGCAGAUCCUCUCGAGUACCUCGAGUUUCUUCCUCGGGUCAAGUUUGGUGAGAACACGGAAGAAGGGGCGCCGUGGAAGGACAAGAAUAUUGGGGAUACUCCUCAGACGCACAACAAUCUAAUGACAUUGGAGGAAUUAUCGGGUUGGUAUAGCAAUCGUGUCGACAAAAUCAUCUCGUCGACAGGAAUGAUUGAUACAGCCCUAGCAGUGGUGCAACAUGGCGCAUCUCAGGGAGUGCCAGGCCUUGACGAGCUUGGCGAAGAAUUGAGUCUGCUAACGCGUCUCGUUUACGAUGCACCUACCGGUGAUUCGCCCGACGACUGGACACUGAGCAAUUGGAAGAGCAUGGAUUCGCGCGCGGUCAUUCGGGCGUAUCUAUCCCAUUCGACUCCAGAAACUGUUGCGGCGGAUAUGUUACACCUUGUCAUGCCGUAUCUCUAUAACAGUGCAGGAAAUCCAAAUUCACAAAUUCACAAAGACCUUCUCUAUGACUAUAUUCUCACCGCGUCACUAGACUGUUCCAAACCCACCAUGCCCAGUUCCCAGAGGAUUAUCAAAGAUGACGAGGACAUGGCCCGUCUGGCACUCGCCUGUCUAUAUGGAAGCGUCAGUCUCGACGAGUGGCCCACAAUGAGCCGCAUCUUCGAAUGUUUGCCGGCUUGGGAUCUGUCAAAGUACGAAGAUUUGGAUGGCGAUGCUGCUGAUACAACAAUUGCGUCGCUGGGUGAUUUUGUGACACCGACGAUCGCUCGGCCGCGGUGUACAGCAUCAGAUCUACUUGUCUUCUUCAAACCUUUACCCUUGUCCUCACUUUCACGAGCCCUAGACAUUCUUGAUGUCCAUUUGGAGUCGGGGGAGAUACUUUCUCGAUGGAGUGUUGCAGCGCCGCUCAGAUGGUUCCUCCAAAGCAUGAAUGAUGAGGCUGAGCAGAGGGCAUGGGCCAAUAGAAUGGCUCGCCGAGAUUGGGAGUGGCUUCUUGAAGACAUGAUCAAGCUAGUCUGGAAGGGGCAACAGUGCUUGAUACGACAACUAUUGAAGGAUAUAUGCCUAACAUGCGUUCGGGAGUUUUACGACAACGCCAGCUCAGGGAGCUAUAAAGUCGGCGAUAUGAAACUUGCUUAUGAAUGUCUGGAUGUGCCCCACAUGUCGGACCGAAUCAGAAAAGAAAAAGAGUUCAUCGAAGCAACAUCCCGGCUGUCAUCAUUUAAUGUGAUGUCCCGGCCUGGGAUUCCCAUCUCUCCCAUCGAGAUUCGACUUACGAAAGACCGCUUAUCUCUCGUGUCUCGGGUCCUUUCUAGCAACGCUGAUGCAUACAAGCACACGGAGGUCAUCUUGGAGUUGGUAUACAUGCUCGGAUUCCGGGGGGACGUUACGGCUGAAGUGAAGACAUUGGCUAUGCUUGCAGAUACUGCGUUGCAGAACGAGGACUUUACGCGUGCAUACCAGACUAGCGAAUGCAUGAUCAACGCAGUCCUCGCGUUACGCUCCUCCAAUGCAGACGUGUCCAAGGUCCAGGAAGCUAGCGAGGUAUGCUGGGUUGCGUGCUUCCAAUUGGGUCGGCAGCCAGAGUUUGAUGAUCUGUGUCCUCCGGAGCAGCUUCAUGACGUACUCACUGCUUGGCGACGACUAGAAAAGGAGGAUACAGAACUGCGGGAAUCCCGCCUUUCCCAACGUCGGCGUGCCGGCGGUGCGGCUGUACCUAGAAAACGUGCCGCAACCGCCGACCACCACGAAUUCUCCCUACGAUCACGGCUUGCAGAUUUCCACAUGCCCUCUCCUCCCUUGCUGAGCACGCCAGAUGCGGCAGCAUUGGCAAGCAGGACCUUCAAAAGUGUGGCGGCAAGCUUUCCGUUCAGAGGCAGACCUCGUUCUCAUCUUGACGAUGAGACUUCUCGUAGUGGGAGUCGGCCCAGGGAUGGAGAUGAUGUCUCUUCGCAAGCUACAAGGGUGUUUUCAAAAGGGAUUGGAUGGCUUCUCGGAGCUGAUGAAGAGAAUUUAUGA